AUGAACGGAGAUCUGUGUUCGACAGAGAGUUGGCAGCUACCGGGCGUCAAGGAAGGAGCGAGAGGCUUCAAGCUCUCCUGCAACAGUGGUUUGGGGGACACCGUCAUCCGCACAAGGUCGCUUGCCGGGAAGGACCUCCACCAGAACUGGAAAUCGUGCGACGACGGAGGCGCCGAUGAGCCGCGCAGAGGAGGUCUGGUGUGCGGGCCGGCGUCGCGCAGCAGCAAUUGGAUUACAGUGGAGACAGAGGGCUCAGUCGGCUCUGCGAUGGAGAUUGACGGACGACGGCUGGUUCUGGAGUUGGAGCGGCGGCGGACGUGCAGCCGCCGGAGGAGCCGAAAGCUGGUGACGGGAAAUCAGGGUCUGUAUUUGUGGAGCACACCGUCAGGAGAGUGUGUGUGA